CGUGACACACCUCAGUCGUACCCUACCGUGCAAGGAGGAAGUACGCGCCUGUUUGCACUUCAAGGACACACAUUACCGUUUUAAACACCACCUAAGACCAAAUAUUCCCCGACAAGGCAAACCGGAUUUAAGAGAGGCCAGACCGAACCUGGACCACCACUCCUCCAACCAGCCUCCGCCAGCCAUAUCACCACCACCAUCUGUACUCACGACCAUCACGUAACCACCUGUCAGUUGUCGACCGCCUCACCACCACCUGUCACCCACCUGUUUGGCCUGAGUCUUGCCCCGCUUUCUACAGCCUAAGAGUUGUUCCAAAGAGUUCUAAGUGGUCAACAAAGGUCAAGAAAGGUCAGAGGGUUUAUCUACAGCUACACCUCCCAGCCUGACUCCCCAAAGGCACUCACGUUCGCCAGCUUAACAUCACACUCAUACCGAGGAGGUCACAUGUAAGGUCAAGAUGCCGGAGAAGUAUCGCAGGUCAGAGGUCGUGAGGCUGACCUCCGCCACGCCGAGAGAAGUCGAAACAGAGGUGUCACCUUGCGGGCCCUUGAGGGAAGACGCGCUGUGGAGCUCCCUACCAAGCCAGCCCUCCACCACUACCAAAGGCAUCACCACCAACACCAACAUCACUACCAACACCACUACCAACAACAACAACAGUAACAGCCAUAGCAGCAGCAGCAGUGCCCGCCUCAGGUCCCGCGGGGGCACGGCGGCCGAGGGUCGUGCGGGCCACAUCUCACAGAUCGCCGAGGGCCUCUUCCUGAGCGGUGCUCGCGCCGUUCGUCCGGCGCGCGUCGCUGAGUUGGGCGUGACAUGCGUCGUGAACGCCACCGCGGAGCUGCCCAACGCCCCACUGGAGGGUGUGCGGGUGGUGGCGGUGCGGGUGCCGGACGAGCCCUCGGCGGACUUGGGCAGCCACCUCGCCGCCGCCGCCGACACCAUCCACGAGGAGCUGUCCCGGGGCGGUCGCGUGCUAGUGCACUGCGUGGCGGGCGUCAGCCGUUCCCCCGCCCUGGUACUCGCCUACCUGGUGCGGCACGGGGGCAUGACGCUGCGCGAUGCCUUUCUGCACGUGCGAGCGGCGCGGCCCUCCGCCAGGCCCAACAGCGGGUUCUUCUCGCAGCUCAUCGACUUCGAGGAGCAGGAGCUUGGCCGUGGCAGCGUGUCGCUCUGCCACACCCCUGGCGGCCGUGUGCCUGACGUGUGCCUGGAGGAGGUGGCGGCCAUGCAGGACAAGCGGUGCCUCGGGGCCCUCGGGGACAGGCGGGCUCUGCAGCGGGUGUACGCGUAGCGGACCGCGGCGCCCCGCCCUCACCCGGCCUUAGGGUCAGGAGAGGCAGGUGCAGGAGACAACUCUCUCCCUGCGCUGCGGGGAGCACGAAGGGCUGCCGGCCAUGAACCAUUCCAAAGCUGCGCCAACACCUGAGCAGCCGAGUAAAAGGUCCCUCGCUGCAACACUUUGACUGUCGAAGUGAGAGGAAACCGUGACACGUGUCCUUGACCAUGAGCCUUGCCACGACAGGAGAACACACAUGAAUCAGAUAAAUGGUGGUAGACAGGGAGAGAAGUGACGGGAGGAAACAUGCCAAGGAAUGGGGAGAGGACACAGGUGGUCGGUGAGAGAAUGAAUGUCUUUCAUUAAACACCUGCAUCGAUGAUUUUAUCGAAAUACAGAGAAAAAAAUAAACCCUCCUCCAAGCAAGCUAUAAAACACCAAUAGGAAGAAUCAACAUUAAAAAUCCCCUUCAUUACCGUCAACUCGUCCAGAUGUGCCCCGGUGCCCUGGCCUGUCCUGCCUCCCUGCCUCGCCCCGUCAACACUCACCUGUCUCGUGCAUGAAGGUGGAAUCGAUUGCCGCCUCCACGUGGCCUCUUUCCCAUCUCAGCUGCGUGUACCCUCGCGAGCCUCACCUGGAAUGAAAGCGAUACAAAUACCUUACUCAUCAAAGCAAAAUAACUAAUGAAAGUGUACAAAAAUACAACCAGCACACUAGACAAUUCCACUAGACUCAAACAUGGUAAUAAUAGGUGCUGCUGCGAUGUAGUGGAUGUAGUGGUAGAAGUAGUAGUAGCAGCUGGAGUAGUAGUAAUAGUAGUAACAAUAGUUUUAGUAGCACCAGCACAGCACAGUAACACUAGAUGCAUAAAACCCACGAUCUCGUUAUAGAAAUAAGAAAAACCGACCAUGACACGCCAGGGAAAGGAGGAGGAGGACGGAGGGACGGGGAUUUGUCUUUGUCUCCCCUUUCCUUCCUUCACCUUAGCCCCCAGCACCCCUCCCCCUCCCUUCACGAUGACCACUGUAGAUGCGGGGGGGGGGCAUUGGGGGGGGCUUUCCAUAUAUAUAUUUUUGUACUCAAUUUAGCAAAAAACAAAUAUAUUAAUAAAUGAAUAUUACUGA